UUCUACGCUUUCUUGCAACUGGAAGCUAUCAAAAGUCGGUGGGUAACGAAAGUGUCUCAGUAAUGGGUCAGCCGACAGUUGCAAAAGUAAAACGGAAUGCUUGAACAUUUUUGAGGAGCAUUUUUGCCACAAAUGGGUAAGCAUGUCAGGAACGAGGAAAAAGAAAACGACGUGAAAGAGCAAUUCUUCAACAAAUGUGGAAUACCUGGCAUAGUUGGCUGUGUGGACGGGACUCUUGUGCGUAUAAAAGCACCCAAUGCAAAUUGCAGAUAUCUUUACUACAAUAGAAAGGGGUUUUAUAGCAUCAAUGUAAUGGCAAUAUGAGACGGCGAUAUGGUAAUUACAUUUGUUGACGCAGCACAUCCUGGUGCUAACCAUGAUUCCUUCAUUUGGAAAAUUGAAUUAUCUAUUUUA